GAACAACGGUUCAAAAAUCGACGGUUUCGGUUCUGAAUCGUAACCGCCGGUUCGGUAAACCUUGGGCAGGUCUAAUUGAGACUUGUGAUUGUCUAUAAAUAGAGAGUAUUUAGUUCAUUUACAACCAAAUUCAAACGAAAAGAAAUAAAAAUAUCAAAGGCAAUGGAGAAGUCGUCACUCCCUCUAAACGAAUGGCAUUCCAUGAAAUCUCAGAGAGCAAUAAACCGCCUCCACUCCUUCAUCCAUGGCGCCGCUCUCUCAGUCUUAUUCUACUACAGAAUCACUUCCAUUUCCGCCAUAGCCAAAACCAACAGCCCUAUUCUGAUUCUCCCCCACCUUCUCAUCUUCACAGCCGAGCUGACUCUCUCAUGUUUGUGGCUCCUCAGCCAGGCCUCGCUGUGGAACCCGGUGGCUCGAACCGCCUACCCCGAGAGGCUGCCCGGGGACAAUCACCUGCCCUCUGUGGACAUGUUCGUUUGCACUGCUGAUCCCGCGAAGGAGCCGAGUUUGGAGGUGAUGAACACCGUUAUAUCGGCCAUGGCGCUCGACUAUCCUCCCGAUAAGCUUCACCUCUAUCUCUCGGACGAUGGGGGAUCCCCUGUCACACUCCGCGCCCUGAGACGGGCGCGGGAGUUCGCUAAGGUGUGGAUCCCGUUUUGUAGGAAGUAUAGGGUGCAGGAGAGGUGCCCUGGGGUUUAUUUCAUGAGAGAAGAGAGUGGUGGUGGUGGGAGUGAUGAUCACUUCUUUGUUGACAAGAAGGCUAUUGAGAAAGCAUAUGAGGAUUUCAAGAAUUCUUUGGGCAAUAUUAUUGCUGAAGCAGACGUUAAGGCCAGCAGAGACCAUUCACCAAUCAUUGAGGUGAUCAACGACGGAAAUUCCAAUGGUACAGAUUCGAGCAACGAUGAUGAGGUGCCACUUGUCGUGUACGUUGCUCGCGAGAAAAGGCCGUCUCAUCCCCACAAUUUCAAAGCGGGAGCCCUCAACGUUCUUCUCCGAGUAUCGGGUAUGAUUAGCAACUCACCGUACAUUCUAUCGUUGGACUGUGACAUGUACUGUAACGAUCCAACAUCGGCCCGUCAAGCAAUGUGCUUCCAUCUCGACACUAAACUCUCCCGGAAUCUUGCAUUUGUUCAGUUCCCUCAAAUAUUUCACAACAUCAGACACAACCACGAUAUCCACGAUGGUGCAUUGAGAUUUAUAUGGACGAAAUGGGAAGGCUUGAAUGGGCUCAAUGGGCCAGGCUUGGCAGGGACGGCCUUUUAUAUAAAGAGAGAAGCACUCUAUGGAAUUCGGAAACUUCAACCAGAUGCUAAUCCUAACCAACUCAAGGAGCAUUAUGGUUCGUCCAACGAUUUCAUCAAAUCGAUUUCCAAAAUUUUUAGACCAAAUUACCCAACCAAUGCACUUCUCACCGAUGUGGCAUUGCAAAAAGAGGUGCAAUUGCUAGCUUCUUGUAGCUACGACAAUGGCACAAAAUGGGGGAAAGAGGUGGGAUAUAGAUAUUUUGCAGUAGUUGAAGAUUACUUCACAGGGUUCAAUCUGCAUUGCGAGGGUUGGAAUUCAGUGUAUUUGAAUCCUUCAAGGCCAUGUUUCCUAGGUUCAUCUCCGAUGAGCCUCGGGGAUACUCUUGUCCAAAACACGCGGUGGUUUCUCGGACUCGGCCAGGUCGCUUUGUCCAAAUAUUCCCCCUUAGUCUAUGGGGCGCUGCGAAUGUCGGUUCUGCAAAGCAUGGUCUAUGCAGAACUGGCAUUCUACGCGAUUUACUUCCUCCCGGUUUACAUUCUCGCCCUCGUCCCUCAGCUCUGCCUCCUUGCCGGCAUCCCUCUGUAUCCCGAGGUUUCAAGUCCAUUUUUCGCGGUGUUUGUGUUUAUCUUCCUCUCAUCGCAACUCAAGCACGCGCAAGAAGUGAUGGCGUAUGGGGAUUCACUCACGACUUGGGUGAACGAGCAAAGGGUGUGGGUGAUGAAGUCAUUGACAUCUUACUUCUUUGCUUCCGUGAACGCGAUCUUGGAGAAAAUCGGCUUGACCAAAGCUAGCUUCGUGCCAACGAGCAAAAUCAUGGAUGAUGAAGUUGCCAAGCUUUACAAAAUAGGGAAAUUUGAUUUUCAGGCCCCGCCCAUUUUCAUGGUGAUAUUGUGCACCCUUUAUAUGGUAAAUCUUGCUUCCUUCGUCGUCGGGUUCGGGAGGAUUUUGCAGAAUGGGAGGAUGAAUGAGAUGGUGAUGCAGGCUUUUGUACCAUUGUUUGGUGUAGUUAUGCAUUACCCUUUGAUGGAGGGAAUGGUGCUGAGGAAGGAUGUGGGAAGGGUUUCUCCAUCGGUUUCGAUUCUUUCUGUUGCAAUUUCCUCUAUAGUCUCGGCUUAUGCAGCCCUAGUUGCUUGUUAAUUAGUAUAGAUCUAGUGAUGGUGAUGUUACUUAUGAUGUCUCAAUAAAUGUAUGUCUCAUGUUAUAAAUAAGUUACGAUGAAAGAUUCAGUAUUUGUGCACUCUAA